AUGAAGUUUGGCUGCCUCUCCUUCCAGCAGCCUUUUACUGGUUUUGUGUUUGGUGGAGUCAAGAACCUGGACACACGUUGGCGACCCCUGCUGAGGAGCCAUCAGAACUGUACCAUUGCCACUCACAUUGCUCACAGAGACUGGGAAGAUGAUUCCUGGUGGGAGCUGCUGGUGGAGAGGCUGGGGAUGAACCCUGAACAGAUUCCAACCUUGCUCCAGGAAGGGGAAAUGUGUGGCCAAGGUGUGUGUCUCUCUCUUUGUGACAUUGGGAGAACUAGACAAUGUCUGGAAAACUUAUAUUCUGACCAGGCCGAGGAAGAGGAAAAGCAAGCUGUACUGACCUACCUGAAGCACAAGUACCAGAUCGUGAUUUCCAACCCCAUGUGUUUACUGGAGCCCUUACCUAGGAAAAGCAGGUAG